CGUUCACCCUCCGGACGCGAUAGUCGUGUGUUCUGUGUGUUUAUCUGUGUACUUUUGUGUACUCUACAAUACUGCCGUGUACACUGUGUAUUGUGUAUUUUAGUGUGUGUUUCUGGCAUUUUUUCUUGACCAGGUCAAAAUAAUGCCGUAACAACGCUACUCCCCCCUCAACUCCGGCAGUACAUUGCCGCGAUGACGCGCUACGUUCGCGCGCUCUGCGUGUGCGCAGCGCUGUUAGUUCUCGCGACGCUCACCCGUGGCGCCACUUGCCCUUGGGCUUGUUCGUGUAGAGCGGCGGCGGCGGAUUGUGCCCAUAGAGGGUUGUUGCAUGUGCCUAAAAGGUUGCCGACUGAUUCGCAUCGGUUGGAUCUACAAGGCAAUAACAUCACGAUAAUAUUUCAGAGCGACUUUCAAAAUCUGAAGGACUUGAAAACAUUACAGUUAUCAGAAAACUUAAUCCACACAAUUGAGAGGGAUGCCUUCUUAGAACUCAACGGGUUAGAACGACUGAGACUGAACAAUAAUCGUCUGGGACAUUUACCAGAGGGGCUAUUUUUACGGUUGAGACACCUCCAACGGCUGGACCUGAGUCGCAAUGAGCUGACUGCCAUCAGCCGAAGAACCUUCCGUGGAUUGACAGCCUUGAAGAGUUUGCACCUGGAUGGAAACCAUCUGAAGUGUAUUGAUGAGAAGGCUCUCGAAAAUUUGAAGAGUCUUGAAGUUCUAACACUAAACAACAAUAAUCUAACCUACCUCUCAUUGGAGCCAGCUGCGAUUUCGCGACUGAACACGCUGCGACUGACCGACAACCCUGUCGUGUGCGAUUGUCGUGUCGCACGGCUGGCUACGACAGUACGAGCUGCGGGGAUUCUUGGAGUUGGAGCCAGAUGUCAGGCGCCUGCAGCGUUGAGAGGAGCUCUUUUGACUGAGUUGGAAACCCAUGAGCUUAUUUGCAGCGGGCCCACAACGACCACAACGGUAGAAUGUUCAGCGGAGCCCCGGUGCCCGCCUCCGUGCCGCUGCACUCCUGAAGGUACAGUCGACUGCCGGGAGAAGCUACUGUCGGAACUGCCAGCCACCAUACCUCAUAGAGCUACUGAGAUCCGCCUAGAACAGAACGAGAUAACGGAAGUCGGCGCGGGCGCAUUCUCCUCCGUAAAGAGAGUCGCAAGGAUCGAUUUGUCUAAUAACAAGAUCACGAAGUUAGCUGCAGAUGCAUUCACUGGGCUAGUACAUCUCACUUCAUUAGUUUUAUAUGGGAAUAAAAUAAAAGACCUACCUUCAGGAAUUUUCCAUGGAUUAUCAUCACUACAGUUAUUAUUAUUGAACUCAAAUGAAAUUACCUGUGUGAGGAAAGAUACUCUACGUGAUCUACAGAACUUAAAAUUAUUAUCACUAUACGACAAUAACAUAAGGUCGUUACCAAAUGGAACUUUCGACGCUUUGACUGAAAUUCAGACUUUGCAUUUAGGUCGCAAUCCGUUCGCCUGCGACUGUUCCCUACGAUGGCUGGCUGCGUAUCUUCGCAAGAACCCCAUAGAAACUUCUGGAGCGAAGUGUGACUCCCCUAAACGGAUGAGCAGGAAGAGAAUUGAUGCAUUAAGAGAGGAGAACUUCAAGUGUAAACCGGGCGAGGAAUCAGGCGACGCAUGCGGCGGUGGCGCGGCGUGCCCGGGCGCGUGCGCGUGCGAGUGGGGCGCGCGCGCGGUGGCCGUCACGUGCGCGCGCGCCGCGCUCGCCGAGGUGCCGCGCGACCUGCCGCUCAACACUGACGCGCUGUUGAUGUCAGACAACAGCUUGGGUCAGAUCAAGUCAGACGGGCUAUUUGGCAGACUGCCAGACUUAACGAAAUUGGACUUGAGGAAUAAUGGUAUAACGCUGAUAGAAGACAAUGCGUUUGACGGUGCUGCCAACAUCCAGGAGUUGUUGCUGGACGGUAACCUGAUACAAACUGUGUCAGAUAAGAUGUUCUUUGGGUUGCACAGUUUAGGAGUACUAUCUCUGACGGAUAAUAAGAUCAAAUGCAUCACACCGGGAGCCUUCGAUCACCUCACCAUGUUAUCCACAUUGAACUUGGAGUCCAACCCGCUAGACUGCACUUGCCAUAUAUCCUGGCUGCCCAACUGGCUCCGAAGUCGGCGUCUAUCACCGUCAGCGACUUGCAGGACGCCAGCGGCGCUCAGAGACGCGAACCUUCAACAUUUGGAAGUCUCCGACUUUAAGUGUACACCGGAGGACAAGGGCUGUCUGUCAGCUGAAUACUGUCCGUCUGUGUGCGCAUGCGCGGGCACGGUGGUGCGCUGCUCCCGCGCACACCUCGCGCACGUGCCCAACAACAUACCCAAGCAGACUACUGAACUGUACCUAGAAUCCAACGACAUAACCUCGAUACUCCCGGAGCAAAUCCGUCAUCUCACGCAGCUGACUCGACUAGAUCUAUCCAAUAAUAAGAUUAGUGUGCUCACCAAUGAUACCUUUGAGGGGCUCACCAAGUUAUCCACGCUUAUCGUCAGCUAUAACAAGUUGAGAUGUGUUCAGCGAGAUGCUCUAAAAGGUCUGACACAGCUGAGAGUGCUCUCUCUGCACGGGAACAAUAUCUCCAUGCUUGCUGAUGGCGUCUUUAGGGAUCUAGAGUCUAUAUCUCAUGUGGCACUAGGCUCCAACCCCCUCUACUGCGACUGCCACGCCCGCUGGCUCUCCGAAUGGGUGAAGAGCGCAGGUGAAUACGUGGAGCCCGGCAUCGCGAGGUGCUCCGAGCCCGCCGCGAUGAGGGACAAGCUAAUACUCAGCACGCAGUCCAGCGCUUUUGUUUGUAAAGGAACGCCCCCAGCAGAAGUGAUCGCGAAAUGCGACAGUUGUCACAGCAGCCCCUGUCGCAACGGCGGUACCUGUCGUGCCCGCGCCCGCGGUGGCCACGAGUGCGCCUGCGCACGCGGGUACCAUGGCGACGCCUGUCAACAUCAUAUCGACGCCUGCUAUGGGUCCCCGUGUGCUCAUGGCGUUUGUAGGGUGCUUGAAGAGGGGAGAUUUCACUGCUCCUGCCAACCCGGGUACACAGGAGCUCGCUGCGAAGUCAACAUCGACGACUGUGUGGCGAACAAGUGUCAGAACAACGCGACCUGUGUCGACCACCUCGAGGGGUACUCCUGUAGAUGUGCGCCUGGGUUCAUGGGUGAAUUCUGCGAGAAGAAAAUCCCCUACUGCACGAAAGAAUUCAACCCUUGUGAGAAUGGAGCCAUCUGCACUGAUCACCACAGCCACUACACCUGCGCCUGCCCCAAGGGCUACUCCGGACAGAACUGCACUGUCAACGCUGAUGACUGCAUCAACCAUAUGUGCCAGAACGGUGCAACAUGCGUGGACGGGCUCGACGAGUACCGGUGCGCGUGCGCAGGCGGGCACGCGGGCCGCUACUGCGAGGCGGCCCCGCACGCCGCGCUCGGCACCUCGCCCUGCGCGCACCACGACUGCGUGCACGGCGUAUGCUAUCUGCCGCAGCCGCAGCCACAGGAUGACAUCAUAAUGGAUCGUCCUCUAAUGAGUUCAGCCAAUGACUACCUCUGCAAAUGUGCACCUGGAUAUUCAGGUCGUCUCUGCGAAUACCUGACUUCUCUGACGUUUAGUCACAAUGAUUCUCUGGUAGAAUUGGAACCGCUGAGAACUACACCACAAGCCAAUGUCACAUUGGUAUUCAGCACAACGCAACUACAUGGAGUGUUAAUGUACUUCGGGGAGAACGAGCAUCUCGCCGUCGAGCUGUUCAAUGGUAGAAUCCGCAUCAGUUAUGAUAUAGGCAACCAUCCCACCUCUACUAUGUAUAGUUUCGAGAUGGUGUCGGACGGCAACUACCACAAGGCUGAACUGAUUGCUAUCAAGAAGAACUUUACUCUGAAAGUAGACGACGGUCCAGCCAGGUCUAUCAUCAAUGAAGGUCCCAAGGAGUACCUUCGAUUGGAGAGGCCGAUGUACCUCGGCGGAGUGCCAGAAGAUAUCGCUAAGGAAGCGUUCAGCAAAUGGCAUCUGCGUAACAUCACCAGCUUUAAAGGAUGUCUAAAAGCAGCCUGGAUAAACCACAAGCGAGUGGACUACGUGAACGCGGUUCGAGUUCAGCGCACCUCAGCCGGCUGCGGGGAAGAUGAGCCUACUAGCUCCAUGGCAGCUACUGUGUUCGUGCAGGAAGAUGCUGGGAGACAUAACCAGGACCCUUGUGUCCCGAAUCCGUGUGCUCGCGGCGGUCGCUGCGUUCGCGAAGAAGGUUCGCCUUCCGACUAUACUUGUCGCUGCCGAGCCGGCACUGCAGGCCCGCAGUGUGAACUCAGGGCUUCGAUCAGUGGAGCUCCAGUGAUAACUCAAGGCAGUAAGAUGGCGCAACGCAAGCAAACCAUCAGCAACGUGCAAGCCUCACCAGCUGCUCCAUCUCACAAGCAGCAGAUGCCGUCAGAACAUGGACCCUCACAAGCCACACCAACAGGGGCUUGUAGAAAGGAAGCAACCCGCGAAGUUAUAACAGAAGGUCUGUGCCGGUCGCGACGCGCCGUGCGCGGGGCGCGCUGUGUGACGCGAGCGGUGCCUGCGGGUGCAGGAGGAGCUGGGGGAGGGGGAGGGUGUGCUAAGGGACACUGCUGCGCUCCUAGGAAGACUAAGAAGCGAAAGAUAAGAUUAAUCUGCUCGGACGGUACGAGAUACACCAAAGAUAUAGAAAUAGUCAGGAAGUGCGCCUGCGGGAAGAAAUGCGCGCGAAACAACCCUUUCCACUGAAAGACUGACCAUGUCAUUACCCCCAUGUCAUAAACUCCCCCCGUCAUAAACUUCCCCAGUCAUAAACUCCCCCCGUCAUAAACUUCCCCAGACAUAAACUCUCAGCCUCAUAAACUUCCCCAGUCAUAAAUAUCCUUAGAAACUGAUUGUUAGCCAUGCAAAGUCACAUAUGUAAUUGUUAAGUAACCAAAUGAUUUUAAUGUAUAUGUAUUACAUAAGUUUUUGGAUAAUUUUUGACCCUUAUAUUAUAGAAAAUGUGUUUAACUAUUUUGUCAUAUGUAAUACUUUUUCUAUAAUAUCACUUUCCGCGAUUUCGCCCGCGUCCCGUGGGAACUACUGCCCGUACCGGGAUAAAGUAUAGCCUAUGUUACUCGGGAAGAGUGUAGCGCCCCAACAGUGAAAGAAUUUAUCAAAUGGGUUCGGUAGUUUCGGAGCCUUUAGGGUGCAAAAGAAAAUAUUUCCUCUUUAUCAUAUUAGUAAAUAUUACAAGGGUUUAAAAUUAUUCAAAAUGAUAGUAGACAUACAUUAAUAUCAUUGGGUUACUUUGAGAUAACUCAACAUCUGUCAUUUCAGUGUUUCCAUACUUAAAAAGGUUUAGACACAUGGUAGAAUUUUAUUUGUAAGUCAAUUUAAUAUUAAAUGACGGCCUUAAUUUGUUUAUUUUGAAAAAAUAACUGUAUGAUCAAGUUAACAACAAAAAAAUAAAUUUUUCAACAGAAAAAAUCAAUUUUCAAAGUACAAACGCCUUUCAACAUGGCAACACAGAUUAUCAACGAGCUCACCCCGGCAAUAGACAAUAAAUCACGCUUUUUUUAAACAUUAUAACAAUUACCACCUCCUUACGAAAUGUAUAAUUGUAGCAUUUAUAUAUAAAAAAGUAGAUUUUAGAAACACUUUACGGAUACUUUUGCGUCGUGAAUUAUCCUAGAGAUGGUUUUUAACAUAAGAUUAAAUUACUCAUACAGUUAAAA